AACAUGUUCAAUAUUUUUUUCCAAUUGAUUGAUUUAAUAUAUUUAAAAUGAAUACAAUUUUUUAAACCUUAAAAGGUUUGUCUAAUAUAAUUUUCGAGAAUGGUAGCUAAUUAAUUUUACAUUCAAGUCAAUAAGCUUUAACGUUAAGUUUAAAAUGAAAAAAAUAGUUCAAAAAUAGUUUUUAUAAUAGAAUGAUACAAUGGCAACAGGACGAGAUAUACGAUCAACUCCAUCUCCAUCGAAUACAACAACUACUAAUGUAAUUGGAUCUGGAGCAUUACGGCAAACACGAACACCAAAACGACAACGAUCACCAAAUUUCAAUAAUCAAAUAAGUACAGCACUGCAAACCGAUGACAAAAAUAACGAAUUUUUAUGUCCAAUAUGCUUUAAUAUCAUCGAAGAAGCUCAUAUAACACGUUGUGGUCAUACAUUUUGUUAUCAGUGUAUAAAACGAUCAUUAGAAACACUUGGUCGAUGCCCGAAAUGUAAUUUUGCAUUAAGUGGUCUCGAUCAACUAUUUCCAAAUUUUUUAUUAAAUGAAUUAAUUAUUAAAUAUAAACAAAAAUUGACCGGAAUCAAUGCAUUACGUGAUUCACCUGAAGGGCUCAGAGAUUAUAUUGCAAAUGAAUCGGAAAAUUUUACUUUAAAUGAUGUAAAUAUUAUGCUUGAAGUGUUAACACAACGUAAACAUUUAUUAGAAGCCGAAUCAUGUGUCGCACAAAAUCGUUUAGUUUAUGAAUUUCUUAAAUAUUUAUUACAACAGAAGGAGGAGCAACGCGAUCAAUUAACACGUGAGGUUGCAUUGAUUAAGAGUGAUAUUAUUGAAGUUGAAAAUAUAUUAAAAGAAGUACAAUCAAAAUGUCCAACAUUAGAAGAUGUUGAAAAAGCUGUCGGUGAUCGAAACGAUGCAGCCGUUGUGGCUAUGAAAAAAGAAGUUAUUGAAUUAAUUGAUACAAUUGGUUCAAGUGUCGCCCAACCAACAAAACGAGAACGUCCUAGCUCAACAAAACUAGAAAAUGAAAAAGAAGCAAGUGCAAAUAAUGUGCCAGACAUGAUGAAAACAAUAUUGUCAUCAAGGCGUCGUCGAAUGUAUGCACAUUUCGAUGACUUCGUACAAUGUUACUUUUCAUCACGUGCAAAAGAUCUCCACUUUAGUAGUAAUACCGAUACUAAGUUAAAUGAAACGGUAAAACCAAUUAAGGCGUCUUCAACGUCAGAUGGUAUAGAUGAUACUUAUAUGAAUUCUAGUUCUGGUCUUCAUAUGAACUCCGGUUUAGAUUUAUUCCGAGAAAAUUUAGUAAAAUUUGCUCGUUAUGAUAGCUUAAGACAAUUGGCAACAUUAGCGUAUUCAAGUGACCUAUUUAAUAACUCUACAAUUGUUUCGAGUAUUGAAUUCGAUAAAGAUAAUGAAUUUUUCGCAAUUGCUGGUGUCACAAAACGCAUUAAGGUAUUCGAUUAUGGUGCUGUUAUUCACGAUGCUGUGGAUAUACAUUAUCCAAUUGUGGAAAUGGUAUCUAGUUCAAAAAUAUCCUGCGUUAGUUGGAAUAGUUAUCACAAAGGAACUUUAGCGUCAAGUGAUUAUGAAGGAACGGUAACUGUUUGGGAUGCAACUACUGGUCAACGUACGAAAACGUUCCAAGAGCAUGAAAAACGUUGUUGGAGUGUUGAUUUUAAUAAUGUUGAUACACGUUUAAUAGCAUCUGGUUCAGAUGAUGCUCGAGUCAAAUUAUGGUCAAUUAAUGUUGAUCAUUCCAUCGCAACUUUAGAAGUCAAGGCCAAUGUAUGUUGUGUAAAAUUUAAUCCAAGAAGUUCUUGCCAUUUAGCGUUUGGAUCUGCUGAUCAUUGUGUACAUUAUUACGAUUUACGUAAUAUGAAAGAACCGAUGUCUAUUUUUAAGGGACAUAAAAAAGCUGUAUCUUAUGUGAAAUUUAUUAAUACUGAAGAAAUUGUUUCAGCGUCUACAGAUAGUCAACUCAAAAUGUGGAAUAUAAAUAGUCCACAUUGUUUACGAUCAUUUGUUGGGCAUAUAAAUGAAAAGAAUUUUGUCGGUUUAGCAACAGAUGGUGACUAUGUUGCUUGCGGAUCAGAAAAUAAUUCUCUGUAUGUGUAUUAUAAAGGACUUACAAAGCAAUUGUUUAGUUUUAAAUUUGAUACGGUUCGUAGUGUUUUGGAACAGGAUAAAAAAGAUGAUGAACCUAAUGAAUUUGUAUCGGCUGUUUGUUGGAGACAACAUUCAAAUAUUUUAGUGGCAGCUAAUAGUCAAGGUAUUAUCAAACUUCUAGAACUUUAUUAAUUGUAUUUAUUUUUCGGUUGUUUUUUUUUUUUUUUUUUUUUUAAUUAAUUGUUCACGAGUUCCUCUUCUACUUUUUUUUAUAUUUGUUCAAGAGUUCAUCAGAAUCAGAUCUCUUUUAUUUCUUAAUAUUAUAACAAUUAAAAAAUGAAUUCAAGGAUUAAGAGUUUGAUCUACUAAACGCCCCUCCCCUCUAUCAAUUAAUUCAAUUACUUUCAGAGGCGAAUUAAGAAAUUUUACGGCUGUAGGCAGUCUCAAAACUUAGCGCCUUCGUAAUAAAAACCGAUCAAUAAAGACCUUUUUUUUAAUUAUUUAGUUGCAAGUUCUUUAUGUCUGAGAACCUGUAAAAUCGCGAUGGUUGUUCGAGGUAGUUUUCCGGUCGAGCUGCUGUUGUUUAAUAAGAACGUACUAUUUAUUUUUACAGAUAAGAGAGAUCUGAGUACUGGAAACUCUUCUAGUAUUGAAUUAUAAAAAAAUUAACAAUUAAUGUAUUUAUUCUGUUUGAAGAAGUAAAUGUUCUUUCAUUAUUUACGCUAUUCUAAUUUAAAUUCUAAAAACGUUCGUAAAAUAAUAAUCAAUAGCAAGUAAUAAAAACAACCUUAGAUUGUUUUGGGCCCCGUUUGCAUUAAUUCAAUAAAUACGCUUUUUUCUCAAUUGUCCAAAGAGCUACGAUAAAUAGCUCAAAGAACAACGUUUUGAAGACUCGAACUCUGCUCAAAACGAACACUGCAAAGUGGUAAUUUUAGUAUCGGAAACAAUAAGAAUACAGGCAAUCCAAUCUGAUGAAUGCGGUGGUUGAUCGAUUGUAAAUGUCGCGUUUUUGACGUUAAAUAUGAUCAAAAUUAACCCUCACACUAUUCGUUGUCGUAUUAUCUUCGAUUAAAAUUCAUAAUUUUUUUCUCAAUUCUGAAGAAAAAGACAAAUUUGUACGAGAAAGGGGCUACAAGAGGGUGCCAAGGGAAAAAGCAAAUUUUUAUGAGAAGAGUCACACACAAGAAGGCGCCGAGUUUAUUUAUAAAGAAUAAAAAAAAAAUAGGGGGAAAUUUUGAGAAUUUGAAACCCAAAUUGCAUUGCCUAGAGGUGCCGGCAUGAGUGAAUCCAGCACUCAUCAGAAUCGAUACAAUGUAGCUUGCCUAAAGAUCCCUGCCUACGGUACUGUGUACAAAUAAUGAAAAAGGAGAGUUCUACCAAAUUAUAAUAUUUUGUCAAAGAAUACCGCGGGACUAUUAGAUUACAAGUUACUGAAUGCUUUGAUUGUGACUUACUGACUGAAAUAUAUUCCAUUUGAGAAAAUAUAUAUAAACUAUCGGAAUUAAAAAGAUAAUUUAGUAAUAUUAAAUAUAUUGCAAUUUCAUUGAAUGUUUUAUUAAAAGAGUUAACGUUUGAUGAACAAUUAUACGAAACCCAUAAGUUGAAGAAUUGAAACUAAUUAUUUUUGCAACGGGGAGAUAAUUCUGUACUCUUAAAAUAUCUCGAACAGCCCAUUACAAAAUCAUUACUUUAAAAUCUUUAUUUUCAAACUCUACUCAGAUUUAUAGAAUCGAUCGCAAAUAGUACCUGACUUCGAAUAAAAUCGAUUAGGUCGAAAAAACGUUUUGAUAAAAUUUAUUGUAUGAGUAGAGGAUAGGCAAUUAAGACUGAUAUUCUUUUAAAUUUUAUAUAGAAUUUUUUUAAUGUAUUAACUUUUAUGAAUUUCUCUUUUUAAAUGUUACGUAUAAAAACUUUUAUCUUAAAGAAAGCCCACCGCUGGUUAAAAGUAGUGAAUAAAUGUCUGAUUUUUUUAAUUGAUUUUAUUAAAGGAAAGAAAUCCAAAAAACUUGAACUUUUAAAAUUCAAACUU